UUAGUGUCUGAUGACCAGUUUGCGGCCAUUGAAGGCCUCUACUCUGCAGUCGGCACCAUCGUUUCCAUAAUUGGCCUGGUGACAAACGCAAUAACGAUAAAAACCUUUGUGGCCAUGGGAGCAGACGACGGAGUUACGGUGUCCUUCUUGUGCCUGUCGUCUGCAGAAUUCGUUUGCUUCUUGGCCUUGUUGGGCCAGGAGCUAUCGAUGACCCUCUGGGUGAUAGAGAUGAUCAGCGGCUAUCGAAUUGUGUUUUUUAUUCAACCGAUGGCUUUCAACAACUUCUUUGGCAAUAUUCGCAAUUGUCUCUUCACUAUUCCAGUCCUGAUGACAGUCUACCUUUCAGUGGCUAAAUGCAUGUGCGUUGUUAAACCCUUACAUUUUAAAAACAUGUUUUCCGUGAGACAGACCUUGUGGAUUAUGGCAGGUUUUUGCGUUUUUGCCAUCGUUAGCUACGUGCCUAUCUUUGCUAGUAUUGGCGUCCCCGAGCUAUACGAUGGGAACAUAAACAAAACUAGACCCAUGCUGUGGAUAUCCCCAGAGCUGGACGUCAUUAAAAAUGUUGUAUGGACCAUGAGAGAUUCGGUACCCUGUUUUGCGUCUGAGGUUAUCAUCAUCAUAUGUAUCUACGUCAUGUCUGACAGUCUGAUGCGUGCUACCAAGUUCCGGGCCUCGUCAACAUCAGGAGGUAUGUCGGCAAGCAUACGAGAUAGUCAUCAUAAGUAUGGUAAGCACGUCAAAGGAAAUACCAGCCAGCUUGGAGGCAGCGAAUUGCAGGUGAUUAAGCAGGUGGUUCUCAUCUCAGUCGUAUACAUUGUCGGCAACACACCGAAAAUUGUCGUAUUCCUGGCCAUGUCUGUUGUGCCAGAUUUAAGAAUUGGUCAGCGACAUCAAAAUCUGGUCGUUGUAAUCGCCAACACCAGGGAACUGAUUGAGAUGAUCAUGUCGGCCGUCAACAUCUUUAUCUACUACGAAUACAACUCUAAGUUUAGGAGCUUGUGUAAAUAUUGA